AUGGCGAAAGGUUCAAAAGGCCUGAGAGCCUCUUCCAAGGCGGUAGACCCCACCCUCGAUGCUCUUUUUGCGUCCAGUGCCGGCCCUGUCCAAGCUCCCGCCAAGUCAAAAUACUCGACACUCUUAGACCAAAAGGUCCGAGAACCUGCCAAGCCCAAGGUGCACCUUGAGGAGGAUGAUGAGGUCCUUUCCGAGAUCAGCGAGGAGCUAAGUUUCGAAGAAGACGGCCCUUCUGAUGAGGACGAGGACGAGGACGAGGACGAGGAAAAUUCAGAGCAAGAAGAUGGAAGCGGAGACGAACAGGAGGAGGAGGAGAGUGAGGAUGUGGACGAAACCAUGAAGGAUGCGCCUGUCGAACUCGACGACAUCAUUGAUGCGACAGAAGACAAGUCAAACAAGGAGCGAAAACGAAAGCGCAAGAACGACAACGACGACCUUGAGGGAAAAUACCUUGACAAAGUGGCUGCAGAGGAAGAAGCUGAUCGCGCCGGCAAGCGACAGAAGAACGACGCUCUGACAAAGACUGAAAAGCCUGCUGUCGAUGAAGAAGAUGCUGGUAACGAAAGCGAUAUUCCUGUCCAUGAGACACUCGUCAAGGACAGUAAAGCAUCGGACUUGGACAAGGCGGCCCGAACAGUUUUCCUUGCCAAUGUGUCCACAGAAGCAAUCAGCUCCAAGUCCGCCAAGAAGACACUGAUGGCUCAUCUCUCAUCCGUCUUGGAAAAAGAUGCUACUCCCCCGCAAACCAUCGAGUCACUGCGCUUCCGUUCCGUUGCGUUUGCGGGCGGUUCUCUGCCUAAGCGCGCAGCUUACAUCACAAAGAGCUUGAUGGAUUCCACAACCAAAUCAGCCAACGCAUACGUCGUGUACUCGACCACUGCGGCAGCCCGUACAGCCGCCACCAAGCUCAACGGUACCCAAGUGCUCGACCGUCAUCUCAGAGUUGACAGUGUUGCUCACCCCAGUCCCACUGAUCAUCGCCGAUGUGUGUUUGUUGGCAACUUGGGAUUUGUUGAUGACGAGACCGUCUUGAACACCAACGCUGAGGGAGAUACUACAGAGAAGAAGAAGAACAAGACUCCCUCCGAUAUUGAGGAAGGUCUUUGGCGAACUUUCAGCACUCAGGGCAAGGUGGAGAAUGUCCGGGUUGUUCGGGACUCAAAGACGCGUGUAGGCAAGGGUUUUGCCUAUGUCCAGUUUUAUGACGCCAACGAUGUUGAGGCUGCCCUGCUCCUUGACGGCAAGAAGUUCCCUCCCAUGUUGCCACGCAAGUUGCGAGUAACUCGUGCCAAGGAUCCUCGCAAGACAGCUCUCGCCCAAGAGCGAGCCAGGGGCAAGCACAUUUCAACUAACGGCCCCAAGAGUACCAAAUAUAAGCACAAGGCCACUCCUGAGGAGCAGUCCAUGGCUGGCCGCACAAGCAAGCUUCUUGGUCGUUCGGCCGCCGUGCAGCAACGCCACAAGAAGCGCCCCUCAGCACAUGGUGAGAGCCGUGAAGCUGAGGGCCAGCCUGCAGGUAUCAAGGGCCCAGAACAGUUUGUUUUCGAGGGUCGUCGUGCUUCAGCAAGAGAUGGCCUACCCAAGGAUCUCAAACAGAAGAAGGGCAAGGGUAAGAAGUCAGGCCGACCUCAGAACCAUGGCACAAAGAGAGCGUCCGAGUGGAAGAAAAAGAAGAACUGA